AUACAAAAGUGUAUAUGUAUGAACAUAAAACACAACAACAAUGAAAUGGAGGUGAUUGUGCAGUAAAAAAAACAUCGAUUAGCCGUUCUGCUAGAGGCAAAGGUCGAGGUAAAGACUACCCUGUGUCUUCUUUUGCCUCAUCAAUCAUCACCCGUCACUCACUCACUCUCUGCGUUAUCUUCCCUCCCUCUCCCUGCAGGUAUAUGUAUGUUGGUUCUAGUAGUAACUGCUCUGGGUGUGCGUCAGACGCACCCACUGCAAGCAUGAGACACAGGAGCAGCACGCGGAACCAUUUUCCUCCCAACCGAGGUGUAAAGAAUGUGCAUUGUUCGACUCCAUCAGCAGCGGCGCCUCCAACUCCCACCCACCCACAUUUCUGUGCAUGUAUGUGUUUUGUGCCAACAAUAAUGCACACACACCCUCACAUGUAAUGCUGAAGAUUUACAUACUAUCUGUGUUGUCAGUCUUUUUUUUUUUUUGGGCUUGCAGGUGAAGUUUGCAUUCUUCCCUCUCUAGACCUUGACUUGUACACCACAGAGGUAAUUCCACAGGGAGUGUGUCCGAUAAACGCUGAUACUCAGAAAUAAGUAUGUUACUCUGGGGCCGUUGGGUGUAGCAAUCCUUAAGGGUUCCAGGUUAAUUACUCUAACUCCGCCAAUUAUGUAAUCAGAGUUCCGCUGCAUUUGCCAAAACUGUGAUGCGAACGUGUUGAAGAACAAGUUAAACCGUCUCCUACAGUGCUAUUGUUGUUAACACUGUUAAACUAUGUCACCUGUCCAGUGAACCUUCAACUUGAACAUCUACUGCAACUAACUAUUCUGAUGCUGUGCACAUCUUAUCAUGAGUCAUACUCUCGGCUUUUAUAUUUUAAUUCAUCCUUCUCUUGAUAGACCAUUGUUGCUGUGUAGCAACACAUAGUGAUAUAUACGUCACAUACAAAUCUAAAUGUUUGCCUGUUGUGUCUCAAUGAACAAUAAUAAGAGCAAGAGCUGCUGAUGAUGUUGAUAUCCUGCCAUCGAGUAACUAGUUCCGCCGCAUUCCGCCAACAGUCAUACAUGCUGAAACAGUGAGUGCUCCUUAACGUCCUCCCACGUCUUGUGCUGCAUGGAGCUGAUAACAGAGCAGCAGCUGUACAGGUACAGAGACCACUUCUGGAAGAAAAACACAAACAAAAACACUGAAGUGUACAGAAAAUGCAGAUAAACUCGUCAAAAAUGAUUUAAAGUGAGGUGUCACGAAAACGAUUCUGCUCUUUUAGGGUUCAUCAGCUGUUUCCUGAUCAUGCAGCUAAACUUUUUUUUUUUUUUUUAAAGCACAUUUCUGAGCAGCCAGACACACGAAAAACAGCUUUAACAACUUGACAGGGCAGAGCGAGGAGCGUGGUGGAACAGGUCCGCCCGGUCUGCUCCUCCGCUGCCUUUACUGAGGACACACCUGCUGGCCUGGGUGGAGCUGAGACAGGUGGACGCUCCUUAACUUGGAAGGGAGACGUCGCAAGAGAGGAAAGAGGAGAGGAGAGAGUGAGGUUGGAAGACACAACACUCGUAGCCCGAUUACAACAAACCGACCCGAGCAGCCUCCCAAGAUGUCGAACAAAAAGGACUAUAGUCCUGUGAAGCUCAGCAAGACUCAGGCCGCUGACCUGGCUUUGGUGGUUUCUCGCAUGCAGAAGAAUGCAGACCAAGUAGAGAAGAAUAUCCUGAGAUCAGAGGGGCUGCUGACUGCGGACACAGAGCGUGAUGCGAAGAAGCAGACCCUGAUCCACCAGAAGGAGAACGCAGACAACCUGGCGCAGGCUGAGGGGCUGCUGAAGGACCUCUUCAUGGACGUGGACAAGGCCAAGAGGCUGCAGCACCCGCAGGCCCUCGAGAUAGAGAAGGAUGUGAAAAACCUCCACGACCGCUGGGUGAAGGACUGUGCCAUCUACAGGGAGCUGUACGCCCAGGCGCCGGUUCUGGAACCAAAACCGAAGAUCGGCUGGGGUCCUCUGCUGGAUGAAAAACUGAAACAGUUAAAGGGAGACGGAUAUGGCCCCAACCUGACUGAUGUAGAGAAGCAGAUAGCGGAACACAACAUCCAGCACCAGGAGAUCGAGGCCUACAGCGCCCAGCUGCAGCCCAGCACCACCGACUCAAAGGCGCAGUACGCCGCCCUCAAAGAGAAAUAUGCUGAGCUUCAUGAGAGCUCCCAGCUGAGACGCAACAACCUGGCCUCUCUGUACGAGUACGUGCAGAGCUGCACUAAGGAGCUGAGCUACCUGUCGGGCCAACAGGAGAGGAUCCUCCAGAGAGACUGGAGUGAUCGCAUGGGCGACCCUCGAGGUGUCCGCAUGGAGUACGAGAAAUUCAAAACCACCGGACUGCUGGCACAUGAGACUGAGAUCAACAAGCUGCAGGAGGAAGGAGAUCGUAUUGUUGCAAAGAAACACCCCGGCAACUCAACAAUAAAGGCACACAGAGACGCUGUGCAGGCUGAGUGGCAAUCCUUCCUCAACUUGUGCCUGGCACAGGAAACACACUUGGACAACAUCGAAGACUACAGGAAGUUCCAGCUGGAUGCAGAGACGUUGUCCGAGUCCCUGGAGAGGAUCAACUCCGUCAUGGACCCAAAGUCUCUGGGCAACAAGAGCAACCCUCAGGUCCUGAUGGCGCUGGAGGGAGAUGAACCAGCAGUAAAGAGGAAUGAGCAGCGCCUGGCUGACCUCAGGCAGCUCAGCAGCAGGAUCUUGCCUCUGAAGUCACGCCGAAUGAAGCCCACCAAAGCCACCACUGUAGUGGCCCUGUGUGACUGGGCAGAUUCUUGCUCGAGGGACACAGUGAGGCGUGGCGAGGCGCUAAGCCUGAAGUCCAACUCUGACAAUAGGAACUGGGAGUUUCAGAGCAGCAGUGGGAAGACCAGGACCCUGCCUGGGGUGUGUUUUAUGGUCCCUCCACCUGAUGCUGAGGCGCUGGAGAAAGUCAACAGUCUGGACAGAGCACUGACGGAUCUAAAGAGCCGUAGAUCUGCACUAAUGGCCUCCUUGAAGAACCCCACUGUGGAGGUGGUCCGCCCUCAGAAGGCAGCCGCCGUUCAAAGUGCACCAGACGAUCCCAGAUCUGCCGAGCUAGCCAGCGAAAUAGACAAGAUCAACAAAGCCCUGGAUCAGAGCGAAAAAGAAGCCCUGAGUCGACUCCGAGCCCCCCUGGACAACCGCAACCCCACACAAGACCUGGCAAACAGACUGCGAGAGCACGAGAAAUGUGCUCAGAUUGUGAGAAAGCUGGAGUCUGAGAAGUCUGCGAUCCAGAGAGAGAUGGAGCCUAUUCUGGCCAAGAAACCCCUGGGACCCAUCUCCUCUACACUGGCCCUCAAACUCACCGCUGCCAACAACAAGAUCGAUAACAUCAACACCCUCCUCGGCCUUUAUAACAAAAAAGCUACAGCCUCCAUGUUCCUUGAGAAGCAGAAGCAGAAUGUUGAAGGCAUCGUCUCUGGGUUUGAGGACAAGCUAGCUAAAGAUGGCGCCAUUCUUGAUCAACCGAACGUCCUUCCGAGUCGCAACCAGCAGCUGCAGCUUACGCGUCAGGAUGUGGCCUCAAAGAAGGGUGAGCUGAAUAAAUUAGGCACAGACUUGGACCUGACGGAGCAAGCGAGCAGAUCCUUGCAGCAGAGUUUCAAUGAAUACUGUCCAGACAUCCGCCGCCAGGACAAUGAGGUGAAACAGCUGAGGAGCCGUUACACAAAUGUCAACAAUCAGCUCCAGGGAAGGUCUGAUCUCAUAAAGGAAGCAACCAAUAAAAACCAAGAUUUCCAGACUGCUGCUCAGUCACUGGAUUUCUUCUUGGUCAAUUUGCCCAAUAAUGCGAUCAAACCUACAGAUGAUGUGGCUCAGAUAACAGCCAAGCAGAACUCUCAGAAGAAAGUGAUUGAGGACAUCAAGACGAAAUCUGCCGAUUUAGACCAAGUGAAGAGUCUUUCCCGUGAUCUGCAGGGCGUUUUGAAUGAGUAUGCUGUUAAGUCAAACACUUACCGUGGCACUCUGCAUGACGAUGAUGAUGAUGAUGAUGAUGAAGAUGAUGACGACGAUGAUGAUAAACCUGUCCUAAAGAAACGUCAAACGUCAACUGUGGCUCAGGCUGUACAGAGAAAGGAGCAAGAUCUACUCAACCGUUUCUCCGAGGUGUCGGCAGAAAACAACCAGCUACUCAGACAGUUGGAGACGGCGAAGAACAUCAAAGCCAGAAAUGAAGAGAAAGUUAGUCAGGUGGUGGUCAAUCAGCACCUGCAGCUACAGAGCCAGAGGAAGGACCUGGAGGAGAGCGGUAGUCUGAAAAGGGAAUUAACUGAGGAGGUUGAGAGGCGUGUACAUGCUGAAAGAGACCUGGAAACAUACCGUAAGAGGUUUGUGUCUCUGAAGAAUAGGAGAGGAGUGGAGAGGUUGGAGGAGAAGGAGGUGGUGCAAUACUACCGUGAACCUAAACUGGAGGUGGAAAUAAAGUCCUUGAUAAAUCAGAUCCAGGAUGAAGCAUUGAAAAGGUCAAGAACCGAUUCAGAGAUAGACAUUAUAAAUGAUAGGAUUAUCAAAGUAGAAACACAGCUAAUUAAAAUCGAACCAAAACUGCUGACCAGGCUACUGACUGAAUACGAGAGAGACCCACAGCUUGACAAAGACGCCGUCAAGAUGAGAGAUGAAAUACGCAGGAUACAACUGGAGCUCCAAACGAGAGAUACUGAGGCAGUUCAAGUGAAAACUGAGAUGACGGUUCUGUCUCAGCAGAAACAAAAAACCAGGCAAAGGAUUGUUAAGAAAGAAGUGGUGAGGCUUGAAAAGGAUCCGGAGAUGCUGAAAGCUGUUCUCACUUUCCAAAGUGAUAUCUCGGAGGAGGAACUCCGGUGUCAGUCGCUAAACGGUAGCAUUUUUAGCACAAGGAGUCAGAUAAACACACUAGAGAGGGUCAUUCCCACCAUCCAACCCAAGAUAGUCACCAAGGUGGUGAAGCAAGUAAAACAAGAUCCAAUAAUGCUGGAAGAGUCGAAGAAACUACGAAUAGCCUUGCAGGAGGAGAAUCAUGAGAAUGUGAUCUUGAUGAAGGACCUGUCCACCUUGCAGCUACGUUACAGUGAAGUGGACAAGAUCAGGGCUAAAGUCGAGGUCAAGGAGAUCAUCAAUGAGAUCUACAGAGUUGAUCCUGAGACAGAAGUUGAGCUGGUGCGUCUGAAGAAAGAGCUGCAGGAUUCCAGUCGUAACCGUGCAGAACUGGAGAAAGACAUCAAGACACAGAUAACUACUCUGACCACCCUGCGCGCUCAGAAACCCAAAGUAGAGUACAAAGAGGUGACCCAGGAGCUGAUCAAAGAAGAGAAGAGCCCAGAGGUCACCAGAGAAUUGCAAAGGCUGAGCAACCAAGUCUCCCGUCUGCUAGUCAACUAUGAAACCACCCUGGAGCUGCUGACCCGCCUACGUAAAGAAAGAGACGAGCUGAAAGUGGAAAAAUCCAGGGUGGAGACCAAGCUAGUCAAUAAAGAGCUCAUCAAAUAUGAAAACGAUCCACUUCUUGAGAAAGAGGCUGACAGACUUCGGAGGGAUGUAAGAGAAGAGACUCAACAACGUCGCAGUGUGGAGGAGUGUGUCUUUGACCUCCAGAACCAAUACAUUGUCCUUGAAAGGCAGAAGCCAGAGGAAAAGAUUGUCAUGCAGGAAAUGGUGCGUCUGCAGAAGGACCCCAAGCAGGUAGUGGAGCAUGAUAAGUUGAACAAGAAUCUGGACGACGAAAUGAAAAGCCGCAGAAAGCUUGAAUUAGAGGUCAGACAGCUCAGAGCCCUGAUUCAAGACAAAGAGAACACCCUGGCUCAGAUGGACGAUCGUCAGAAGAAGAUUCAAGUAGAGUCAGAGCUGAGGCAGAUCAAAUCUCGCAUUUUUGAACUGGAAAACUCUCCGUCGCCCGUUGAGGAAAGGAUUAUCAUUGAGGAGGUCCUGAAAGUGGAGAGGGACCCUCAGCUGGAAAAGCUUACUGAUGGUAUACGUCGCGACAUGGAGAGUGAGGGAACCAAUAUCAGCCGUCUAGACAGAGAAAUCCGCAACCUGAAGCUCAGGUUGGAAAUUCUACAAAAGGAGAAGUCAAUUGAGAAGGUUGUUUACAGAGAAGUUGUUCGUGUAGAGAAAGACCCGACAGUGGAGGCUGAAAGGGAACGUCUUAGAGAGCUUGUAACACAGGAGAGAAAUCUCAGGCGUGACCAGGAGGAUGACACUCAGAACAUCCAGAUCCGAAUGACUCACAUGCAGUCAUCGCAGUCUAUAACUUCUCACGAGGAGACCACUCUCAUCACCAACAGAGACGCUCUGCAGAGAGAGAAGGAGGAUUUGCUCAGACAGCUCAAAAUGCUCGAGUCUCAAAGACAGAACAUCAGCAUAACGUUCCAGCAACAGUCAAAGCUGAUGAGCGAGAGAAACCAGAAUGUACGGCAAAGGAGUCUUAAAACGUCCACUGAGAUACAGCGGCUGGAGAAAGAAAUCCUGCAGGAAAAAGACAAAGUAUACCAGAGAGACGCUCUCAUCAUGGAUUUGCAGAACAACAUCCAGAAAGAGGACCACUCUGAAACGCAAACAAGGGAGACAAAUCUUUCCACAAAGAUCACCAUCAUGGAUCCAGAAACUGGUAGAGACAUGUCUCCCUAUGAUGCCUACUUGCAGGGGCUAAUUGAUCGCAACCAAUACAUUCACCUGGCAGAGUUAGAGUGUGACUGGGAGGAAAUCACCUCAACUGGUCCAGAUGGGGAUACAACAAUUCUACAGGAUCGUAAAAGUGGGAAGCAGUACUCUAUCAAGGAUGCUCUGAGGGAUGGUCGCUUGACCCAGUAUGACGUGGCGCGGUACAAGGACCGGAAAAUGCCCAUUUCUGAGUUUGCCCUCCUUGUUGCAGGGGAAAGCAGAAAGCCCAUUGUUCCUCCAAUAAUCCCAAAAUCCCCCACCAGACACAUCCCAGCCAAUCCCUUGAACUCAAUGCCAAACUCCCUGAGGUCCUCCUAUUCCAGCCUCAACACUCAACAACACAGUGGCAGUUUGAACAACCUCAGUGGCAGUUUGAACAACCUCAGUGGCAGUUUGAGCAACCUCAGUGGCAGUUUGAGCAACCUCAGUGCUUCAGCAGAUGAUGAGCAUUUUCCCAUCUCUGGUAUUUUAGACAUCACCACGGAAAGCCGCAUGUCGGUGCGAAGUGCCCUGACCCGCAAACUCAUUGAUGCCGACACAGCUCUGAAGCUGCUAGAGGCACAAGCAGCCUCCGGGGGAAUUGUCGAUCUCUCCAUCAAGGACAAACUUUCUGUCCACAAGGCAGCUGAACGAGGUCUCAUUGACUCGAGUGACAUGUACAAGCUUCUGAAUGCCCAGAAGGCCUUCACUGGAGUUGAGGAUCCCAUGACCAAAGACCGUCUCGCAGUGGGACAGGCUGCAAAGAAAGGGUAUAUUCCCCAAGAAAAUGCCAGGAGGUACAUGGAGGCGCAGUACCUGACCGGUGGGUUUGUGAAUCCCGCUAAAGCAGGACGCCUAACUGUCGAAGAAGCUAUUGCCAGUAAUAUUAUUGACAGUACAACAGCUGAGGAGCUGAAAGAUGAAGCGUCCCACACAAAAGAGCUGAUAGACCCCAUUACUAAAGAGAAGAUAUCCUACAAGCAGGCAAUGCAGAGGUGUAAGAGAGACCCCAGCACGGGCCUCUUGCUGCUUCCUGCAGCCUCUACUGAUUCCACAACUGCCCCAUCAUACUCAAGCUAUCGUUUCAGCUCCAUCAACAGAUACUAGAUGUGAAGUUUAAGAUAUUUUAUUUGCUGCAGCCACUUUUGCUUGAGGGUUUGUGACAACGCUAAGUGAUCUACAUAAAGAUAAAAAUGACCAUUAUUAUGUUGACACACUUUUUAAAAACACUGAAAAAACGAACUACAUUUUUGGUAAAGCUGUACAUGUGGAUCUGCUUUUUUUUCAGUACUAUUUUGGGAUCUGCUGUAAAAAUGAGGGUAAUAUUUGUUUUAUAUGGUAAAUAUGGUGUGUGUUUUUUUCAGCACUCUCAAGCUAAAUCUUUCAUUGGUGCUUAUUAAACUAAUCAAGCCUCA